CUCCCUCCCUCACUCCACCCUCGCUGGAGGGAAGGGCGUCAGACGGAGCAGAUUUACAGCCGUCUCCACAUCCACGAGCUCAGCUCAUUCUCUCAGAGAUCACACAGCCGAGAGUCAUGGAGGUCUGCUUGCUGCUCCUCGUGUCCUCUCUCUCCGUGUUUCACUUCAGCAGUGCUGAGCAGCCCGUGCAGGAAGACAUCAUUGUAGCAAGAAAUGUGGAGCUGCUCGGCGGCUGGACUCUCGCCAGUCCUGAGAGGGAAGAUGUGCAGGAGGCUGCUGAAGAAGCUGUCGAGGUCUUCAACUCCAAAUCCAAAGCUAAGAAAUACUUCAAACUCCUCAAUGUCACAUAUGCCAGCACUCAGGUGACAAAUAAGAUGAACUACAAAAUAGAGGCCACUCUUGGAAAGACAAAAUGCAGCAAAUCAGACGAUACAAUUAUUAAGGCUUGUGGCAUGGCCAAAAAGCAACUGGCAUGUAAGUUUGAGGUGAGCCUCAACCCAACGACCGAUGACCAUGAGGUGCAGAAGAUGUCCUGCAGAAGAUCUGCUUGAAUUUCACAUGGACUCCAAGUUGUGACAGUUUUGUACUUUUGGAUAGCGGACCACAUAUUCUUUAUCUUUUUUUUUUCUUCUUUUUUUUCUGAUAUUAAUUUUAUCCAAAAUGGAAUUAUUUAAUUUAA